AUGCUCGAUUGUGCCAGAAAAGAAUGCAACCCAGAGCCCUCAAGCAGAGAAAACCAUUUGCGGACGCUGCUUGUGCUUGGAGGUCAGAAUUUCAGCAUUCUUCAUGAUGUUUUGGAACAUUUUAUGUUCUUACGUGUGCUAGAUUUACACAAUGUGAAUGUCACCACGGAGUUGUUGGAUUCAAUCAGCAGUUUGAAGCACUUAAGAUGCCUCGAGUUCUCUGGUACUGAAAUACGAGCCCUUCCUGAAUCCAUUUGCACACUUCACCAUUUGCAAACCUUGAGAAUCUCAGGGUAUAAUUAUCUCAAAGAGUUACCCGGGGACAUGAGCAAAAUGACUAGCCUAAGACAUCUUGAAAUUGAUUUCUGUCGUCAAUUGACCCAUAUGCCAGCUAAUAUGGGAGAAUUAAAGUUCCUUCAGACCUUGCCAAUACUUGUAGUUGGUAAGGAUAGUGGAUGUGAUAUAAGAGAGCUGCAAGGUCUAAACCUUGGAGGAGAAUUGACUAUUCAAAACCUCGAGAAUGUGAUGUGUGUAGCAGAUGCCCAGGAAGCAAACUUGAAGGACAAGCCGAACCUUCGUAAGUUAUGCUUUUCAUGGGGUGGGAAUAUUGAUCUUCAGUUGGAAGGAAACGUGGAGCAAACCCUUGAAGGUCUCCGACCGCAUCAAAAUCUCAAAAGGUUGACUGUGGAAGAGUAUAUGGGUGUCAGAUUUCCAGAUUGGAUGAGUUCUUCAUUUCUUCCAAAUCUGAUUGAAGUUUCAGUGAUUAAUUGCAGAAGAUGCGAACAGCUCCCCUUGGUCAGCCACUCACCAUUCCUGAAGGUUCUUAUGACAUGGGGAAUGGAUGCUGUGAAGUCUAUUGGAAAGCAUUUCUCUGGCGGUGAUGAUGUUACAGAGGGAUUUCAGUCACUGAAAGAACUCAGGUUGAUGGAUAUGCUUAAUUUACAGGAGUGGUCAGGAUUUAAUGGAAGAGAAGUACUCCCUCUCCUUGUCGAAUUAAUUGUCUCGCGAUGUCCAAAGUUAACGAUGCUUCCAGACCUUCCAUCUCUAAAAAAAUUGGUAUUGGAGUAUGGUAAUGAGAUGUUGUUAGGUUCAGUGGCAAACCUAUCCUCACUUUCCUCCCUUUGCAUUUAUGGUUUCAAGGAGCUAAGGUCGCUGCCAGAUGGGGAGCUUGGAAACCUUGCUGCUCUAGAGUCUCUGUCUAUUUAUGGGUGUGAUAAGCUGGCAUUGUUGCCAGAGGAGUUACAAAACCUCACCUCUCUCAGUUCGUUGUCGAUUAAUGAGUGCAAUGGUCUAACGUGCUUGAGGCUACAAGGCUUGAGCUCUCUUCAAGAUCUAUCCAUCUACGGGUGUCAAAGCUUAACGAGUUUGAUAGGGGGACUGCAACACCUCACUGCCUUACAAUCCUUGGAAAUUCAUAGAUGUCCGGAACUGGCAUAUUUACCAGAGGGUAUGCAGCACCUUACUUCCCUUCGAAAACUCACCAUCAUGAACCGUCAGAAGUUAACAUGUUUGCCGGAAGGGCUACGACAUGUCACAACCCUGGAAGAGCUAGUUAUUGGUAAUUACGAAAGUCUAACGGCUCUUCCGCAGUGGAUAGGAAACCUGUCAUCGCUUCGAAUUUUGGAGAUACAUGAUUUUGAUAAAUUGACGUGUUUUCCAUCAGCGUUGCAACUCCUAACAAACCUCCAACACCUAGAAAUCCGGGGUUGUUCAUGUCUAACGGCUCUGCCAGAGUGGAUAGGAAACCUAUCAUUGCUUCGAUAUUUGGGAAUUUACGAAUGUCCUCAAUUGGAGUGUUUGCCAUCAGGGUUGCAACUCCGAACAAAUCUCCAACGUCUAACAAUCCAAGGAUGUCCCCAAUUAAAGGAGCGAUGGUAG